AUGGCAACCAUCUAUGAUGAACCCACUGGCUGCAACUGCGAUAAUGAGUCAACCUAUGAUCAAUCAGCCAUAGACGCAGCUUGCAAACAAGCAUUACUGCUCGCAUCUGAAAAGAAAACAGUUGGAAAGGAUAAAUAUCCUCAUGCUUACAAUGACUACGAAAAGUUCACGUUCAUUCCCCGCCGCCAAAAGCCCUACCUCGAAUUCCCGAUUCUCUCCAACGGUGCAACAUAUACUGGUUCGGAUCCCACUUCUCCAGGUACAGAUCGCAUCGUUAUUGGAAGCAUUGCUACCGAUUAUAAAUCUGCCGUUUUCUGUGCUGUGAUCACACAUGAUGGAAGUACUAAGAAUGGGUUUACUGAGUGUACGAAUACGGGAGAUAGUGGUGAGGGAGCUUAUCAAAGGAGAGACAGGAGAGAAGAGGGGAAAGAGGGAAGGGAAUUAUUGGAGAGAAUUGAUUUGUAGCUUCAAGGAGGAUCUGGAUGGGUGUGAUAUUGGAGGUCCGAAUGAUAAUAGUUAUACGGGUAGAUCUAUGAGGAGCUUUCGGUGAUACGAGAAUGAAAGCAAUUGAUGUAAACUUCAUUUCAUUGCUGCAUACCUCCAAAUUCGAACUCAUCAAAAUCUGCCGAGCGACGAAUCCAAAUAUCAAAAAACUGCAUUUAUAU